AUGAAGUUAAAUAUUUCUUAUCCAGCCAACGGUACUCACAAGAGUAUUGAAAUCGAUGAUGAUCACAAAUUACGUGCUUUCUACGAAAAACGUAUGGGUCAAGAAGUUGAAGGUGACUCUGUCGGUGAUGAAUUCAAAGGUUACAUUUUCAAAAUCACCGGUGGUAACGAUAAACAAGGUUUCCCAAUGAAACAAGGUGUUAUGCACCCAACCAGAGUUAGAUUAUUAUUAGCUAAAGGUCACUCUUGUUACAGACCAAGAAGAACUGGUGAAAGAAAGAGAAAAUCUGUCAGAGGUUGUAUUGUUAACCAAGAUUUAUCUGCUUUAUCUUUAGCUAUUGUUAAACAAGGUGAUGCUGAUAUUGAAGGUUUAACCGAUAACACUUUACCAAAAAGAUUAGGUCCAAAGAGAGCUAACCACAUUAGAAAAUUCUUCGGUUUAACUAAAGAAGAUGACGUUAGACAAUUCGUUGUUAGACGUGAAAUUGUUAAAGGUGACAAAACUUACACCAAAGCUCCAAAAAUUCAACGUUUAGUUACUCCUCAAGCUUUACAAAGAAAGAGAGCUUUGAAAUCCCAAAAAAUCAAGAACGCUCAACAACAAAGAGAUGCUGCUGCUGAAUACGCUCAAUUAUUAGCUCAACGUUUACACGAACGUAAAGCUGAAAAAGCUGAAAUCAAAAAGAGAAGAGCUUCUUCUUUAAAAGCUUAA